CCAUAAGAGAUAGAAAACCAAGCAAUCAAAUUAAGGAAUUGUUCUCUUAUAAGUCAUCACUACAAGGCUGGCAUCCCUGUGGAUACUGUGCAGAGCAUUUACACAAGCUAACGGACUGCAGGCUGCUUCGUGGUUUAAGUAUUUCAUCAGGAAUAUUGUCAGCUGGAGAAUCUUUAAUACGAUUGGUGGCAUCCUUUAUCCCUCCCACCCUAUCUUUCCAUCCCCGCUGCUUCCAAACAGACGAAGGCUUUUUGAUGGUGCUGUGGAAGUCAAAGGCAAGAGUUUGCUUCUAUCUGUUGUGAAAGAUUUUUCUUUUGUCCCCACACAAAGGGCCAACUAGAUCAGCCAAAACAGAGCUCUUAGGAUAAAACGAAAACAACUGCUUUAUGAAAUUGAAGCUCUAAGUGCAUUAAGCAGCUGGAAGACAGGUAAAAUCACUUACAUACAAAUAUAAAUAAAGAAAUGGAUGAGAAGGAGAACAGCACAGGCAGUGUGGGGAGUCUGCAGCCUUCCACUAUCCAUGUUUUUGCCAACACUUCAUCCCUUCAUGGAAUCAGGCACAUAUUUGUUUAUGGGCCCAUGACCAUGCGUCGAUUCAUGUGGACGGUAGUAUUUAUUGGAUCCUUGGGCCUACUCGUGGUGGAAUGCGCAGAACGCGUGGCUUUUUAUUUCUCAUACCCGCAUGUUGCCAAGCUGGAAGAGGUGGCCACAAACAACCUGGUCUUUCCCGCUGUUACUAUCUGCAACUUGAACGAGUUUCGCUUUUCAAAGCUAACAGCAAAUGAUCUCUACCAUGCUGGUGAGCUCCUGGGAUUACUCAACGUGCACCUCGAGAUCCAGAGCCCCCAUCUGGCUGAUCCCAUUGUGCUGAAAGCUCUCAAGAAGAAAGCUGAUUUCAAACAUUACAAGCCAAGGGUAUUCAAUAUGCAUGAGUUUUAUGACCGUGUUGGCCAUAGUCUUAAGGAUAUGAUGCUGUACUGCAAGUUCCGGGGAGUGCGAUGUACUCAUAAGGACUUCAAAACUAAAACCCAAGCAAAGUUGUGCACCACAUCGAAAGCAACCCGAACAUUCCUGGGAAAGAGAUGAGCUAUCUUCAGCUCAUUGAGAGACAUUGCCAGAUGACCUGAUGAACCAGUGGUGACAGAGACAGUGAUUUGAACUUGCAUCAAGGAAAUGGCAAGAACUGCUUGUGGGGAAGAAGAUUUUAAAGAUGCACUAAUAUGGACUCAUAAUGUGGGCAUUGAUGUGUCAUUGCCAUGUAUUUAUGGAAAAUUAUAAUGGUGACAAUCCUUUGAGGUUUGAGAAAUGGGUGCAGCUGAGGUUGAGAAAGUGAAUACUUUAAAGAGAAAAUCAUACAGGGAACCCCCCCCCCCCAAUACACACACGUUGGGAAGUACCCAGUGAGUGCUUUGAGCAUCAGGGCAAAGAGAAUCUUUUCCAGCACUGUUAACCUACUAGAACAA